UAAUUAUAUAAGAAAAUUUAUUAUGAUUCCUAUGCUAUCUCAAAAAAUUAUAGGUAAGGGUGUCGACACCGUAGCAAGCUUUGUGGACUGUGCAAUCCUAGGACUACGUGGUGAUUUGUGUAAUUGUGAUUGUGACAAUUUCGGAGUUGCUGGUUUUUUUGCUAGUGGUAAAUUUUUUCUCAGUGGCUUAAAAAUGAACGAUAAUAAACAAAAUUCACAUGAUGAAGUUCCAGAAAUUAUAAAAAAUGCUGUAUUAGUGCAUAGCUCACCUAUUCCAAUUGAAACUCCUAUUGUGAAAGGAUAUGAUUGGAAUAAGGGAAUUGAUUAUCAUGCUUUAUUUGAAACAUACAAAAAUUCUGGUUUUCAAGCAAGAAAUUUUGGAUUAGCGGUGGAACAAAUUCAGCAAAUGAUUAAUGUUAGAAACAUUCCUCUUGAAGAUGAUGAAAUUGAUAGCUUAGAAGAAGAUGAGUUUAUUCGAAGAAAAUCUUCAUGCACAAUAUUCUUAGGGUAUACAUCAAAUAUGGUUUCAUGUGGAAUUCGAGAUACUAUAAGGUUCCUUGUACAACAUAAAAUGAUUGACUGUAUUGUAACUACAGCAGGUGGUGUAGAAGAAGAUUUGAUCAAAUGCUUAGCACCAACAUAUAUAGGAGAUUUUAAUUUAGAAGGAAAAAGUCUUAGGCAACGUGGUAUUAAUAGAAUAGGAAAUUUGUUAGUACCUAAUGAUAAUUAUUGUUUAUUUGAAGAUUGGGUUAUGCCUAUAUUAGAUACAAUGUUGGCUGAACAACAAAAACGAGGUACACUUUGGACACCAUCUAAAGUGAUAACAAGACUUGGUAGAGAAAUUAAUAAUGAAGAUUCAAUAUAUUAUUGGGCUGCAAAAAAUAAUAUUCCAGUAUUUAGUCCAGCUUUGACAGAUGGCAGCCUUGGUGAUAUGAUGUAUUUCCAUUCCUUUAAGAAUCCAGGCUUGAUUAUAGAUAUAGUUUCAGAUCUUAGGCGAUUAAAUACAGUGGCUAUGAAAGCAAAAAAGAGUGGUAUGAUUAUCAUUGGAGGUGGUGUUGUGAAACACCACAUAUGUAAUGCAAAUCUCAUGAGAAAUGGCGCUGAUUAUUCAGUAUUCAUAAAUACAGCUUCAGAAUUUGAUGGCAGCGACAGUGGUGCUCGUCCAGACGAAGCUAUUUCGUGGGGUAAAAUUCGAAUGGAUGCAAAACCAGUUAAAGUAAGAAUACUUCUCACACUGAAAUACAUUACUUAAAUAACAGAAUAACAUUUUAUUAAUAUUUUAGAUUUAUGCAGAAGCAUCUCUAGUGUUUCCACUUCUUGUUGGAGAAACUUUUGCUCGGCAUUAUUAUUCAACGAGAGAAAAAACUAUUUCAGAUGUU